UGUCCACAGGGUUCCGGACCUGGCAACGCGUACGCUGAGCUCCCUGACACUUGGAGAGCUCACCUGGCUGGUGUCGGGUUCCUGCUGCAACUCUGCAGCAGGCUGUGCUCCAACAGGGAUCACCAGCAGCUGAAAAGACAUCUGGACAUCUACAUUUUCCACUGCUAGGAAGAAGCAAUGAAGCAAGUCGAGCAGUUGUGGUUUUUCUGUCUCCUGCUGGAUUUUUUAAUUUUAUUUAACACUACAGAGGCAAUGUCUGUGAUGGCCUCUGUAGGUUUGUUCUAUUUCGACAGCACCACCAACAUUACUGUGUUUGAGCGCUGCGAAUGUGGCCUGUAUGGCUUCAAUUCUCCUCGACUCAGUGCCCAGGGGCUUGUGGGCAUUCCAACAUCUGAGAAUCAUCAAGCCUGUGACAAAAAUACUGAGUUCACUGUCACGAGCGAGCCGUGGAUAGCACUGAUCGAAAGAGGCAAUUGCAAUUUUACUGAAAAAAUUCAGGUGGCAACCAGAAAGGGCGCAACAGCAGCUGUGAUCUACAAUUCACAGGGCAAAGGCAGCCACCCCAUCGUGAUGUUUCAUCCUGGUGCUGAAAAGAUUGUUGCAAUUAUGAUUGGCAACCUGAAAGGCAUGGAGAUCCUGCGGCGGAUUCAGAGCGGCAUGAGAGUGACAAUGGUCAUCGAAGUGGGGAAGAAGCGCAGCCUCUCCAUGAAUAUCUUCACCAUCCUCUUCAUCUCCGUGUCGUUUUUCGUUGUUGCAGCAGCAACCUUGGGCUGCUAUGUCUCUUACUCUGCUCGGAGACUCAUUGUUGCAAGGGCCCAGUCCAGGGAGCAGCGACGACUACGGGCCAGGGCUAAGAAGGCCAUUGAAGAGAUGCAGCUGCGCACCCUGAAGGAAGGGGACAAGGAGAUUGGUCCAGAUGGGGAUUCCUGUGUUGUGUGCUUUGAACAGUACAAGCCAAAUGACGUAAUGCGUGUUCUGACUUGCAACCAUGUCUUCCACAAGACCUGUAUUGACCCCUGGCUUCUGGAACAUGGGACGUGUCCACUGUGCAAAUGUGACAUCCUCAAAGUUUUGGGUGUUGAGAUGGAUGUAGAAACACGGUCUGAGUCUGUGCAAGCCUCAGGAUCCAGUGGGCAGAGACCUCUAUCCACUGUCACUAUGGUUAAUGAAGAUGAUAAUCUCAGUGAGACAGCAUCAUCUGGAUAUGAUUCCGUACAGGGCCCAGAGGAAUCUGCUCAGGAAGCACAUGCACCAUCAGAAAAUGACAACACACCUCCUGUAAAUGAAGAAUCCCAGCCCUCCACUGUGACUGCCCUUUCGCAGGGUGACAACCCGGGUUUUGAGGGAGAUGAAACGCCAGCUUCUGAGGGCAGGGUCGUUUGUGAAGUCACGCUCUAAGGACGUGCCCAGCCAUGGUGCAAGCCUUCUGCAAGGAGCUGCCUACUGCCAUUCCAUAUAUACCAAAAAUUGCAAGACUGCUGCAGAAAAUACUGCGCUGGCAAUGUUUAGAUAAAUAGACUUGCUCAAAUCACAAUUGUAUGGUUUGCCUUUCUUAAAACUGCAUUUCCCACGUGAGUUUUAGCACUCUGCAGAUAAAGCUGUCUUAAAUAUAAAGAAAACCAGCAGAUUCUAACACUAAAACAAAAGUUCCAUCUUCAACAAAGCUUCUUCUCAGUGCUUGAGUUGUUUAAAUGAGAAGAUUCUUUAUGUUGUAGCUGUCUUUACUGGGAAGUGUUUUGAGUUGGGUUUUUUUUUUGUUGUUUAUUGUUUUAAUUCAAGUGGAUUUUCAUUGUAAACAAAUUAAUUUUUGAUCUGGUGUAAUGCUUAUUUACAACACACGAGGUUUUUUUGAACAACGCUGUAUUUAAUGUUUCAGUGCACUAAUUUGAUAGGAGAAAAGUGCGAACUAAUGCUUGUAAAACUGGAUUUUGUCCACAGUGUCUUUUGGUUCUCUAGGAAACCAACUGAUUCUCUACCUCUCAACUCCAACCUGCCAACCACACAUUCCUAAAGGGGAAGAAAAGAAAGCUGCAAGCUGACAGGCCAAAUCUGACUUGCACAGUACCGUAAAGGGAACAACUGCAGGAACUUUUCAAGCCUUGUUAAUGUUAAACAGUCUGAAAGAUCCUCAAGUGACUUGGGGAGUUAUAACCAUCUCUAGCACCAGCAACAUGCCAGAGUCCUGGCUUUGUGGGAAUCUGGGAUGACUUCAGAAAGAGUAAACUGAAGAUGAAAAGAUAGAUUCUUCCCAAAGGAUCUGCUGUGUUUUGUUCAGAAAAUGAUGCAGCCUCUGAAAGAUGCUGCUCUGUUGCUGUGUGUUGUCUUGCUCAAGUGCACAAGCUGCAGGGAGAGCUGACGUCCUGUGAGUGUGACAGAGGGUUGGAGAAGCUGUCUGCCACCUGUGUGGAGUUGGGAUGGGGUCAAGGAGGAACACUGGGUGCCUCAAUAGUAAGUGACUUGGCCUUGCCCAGCAAAGGUAACUAAGGAUGUCUUACAAAUGCACUUUAUUUUUUUACCUCUGUCUCUUUGACUAGUUUCUAAUAUUAGCAGGACUUUGCCUUAAAGCCUGCAAUAAAGAACUUCAGAAUCUGGAGGGGAAAAGCAAUGCAUUUUAUUAGUUCUAGUACAAAUUAAAUGGUUGUAAAUAUUUCAUAAUUUGUAUUGAAUUUGAAUAUGAAAAUGUAAAUAAAACUCUAUUUUUGAUGAUCCUGA